UUGUAGCCUAUAGCGCGCCUGGGUCAUAAUGACAUUAAACUGUCAUUUGUAGUUCAUAUCCAAAUACGUCAGUGCACCGCAAGCAUGACCGUAAGGCUGGCGUAGUGAAUAUCAAACAUACCCUCACUGUUUAAUCGGACUGGAAGGACGAGGGUCAGUGCGUCUGCUCUGUGACGUCUUUACGUCCUGUACGUGUGAGCGGGGAAGUGAAAGGUUAUAAACAACAAUGGGAGAAGUUUGUAAGGAUAAAAUUACUAAAUCAUGGCUCUUUGUUAUUUGGCAAGUCUGCAACGUUUUAAUGUCUUUAUUCUUCGCUCUUGCAACAUAUGUGCAGAUCAAUGAUCCCGACGCAGGGUUAUGGAUGGUUGGUUAUGGUGUCCCUGCAGUCCUAUGUGCACUGAUUGGCUUGAAACCCCAUUUUACAGAGAGUUUGCCCUGGAGGCGAGUUGCUGAUCUACAUGUGAUGAUUUCCAGUGCUUUUAUUGCCAUGUUGGGGUGGACACUUUAUAAAGAGCGGGUCACACAGAUCUUCCAACAGGAGGAGGGCAGAGAGUUUUCUGGUCUCCUGUUGACAGUUGUUUGGCUCCUCCUGUGUCGCCACUCUGGAAGAGCUCCUGUCGGGAUGCUGAGAGUCUCAACAGCUGUUGCCAUCACAUUCUUCCCAUUUGUGGUCUGGCUUUACUACUACAUCAACAAGGAACUGAGAGAGAACUGGCCUUCACAUUGUAAAACUGCUAUUUAGAUAUCCACUUGUUGCCUUUUUUGGCUGAUUAAUCAUUCCUAUUGUUGCAUGCUUUGACAGAAAAUCCUGGGCCAAGAAUGCAGCAACACUGUAAUUUCACUGAAUACAAACAUACGACAGCUAAGAAGCAUUUAAAAUGUAUUUUCCAUCCAGUGUUUACCCACAAAUUGUAUUGCACAAGUAUUACAAACUCAGUCUUUUUCCUUGAAGUUCAAUUAAAUGUGUAGUCUUGGACUUGUAAAAAUGAAGAGUUAA